AUCCCUGUCCGUCUGUGUGUCUGUCUUUGAAGUGGGAAGUAAAAGAAGGCCGCACAAAGCAUAGUUCACUGUAACACAGCAUCGAAUUCAUCGUACAUAGUUACAGUGAUGAUGUAUUUGUUGACUGCGAAACCCUCACUCAGACCUCAAUUCAUACUAUCAUCUUCUCUUUCCUCUUCUUCUUCAACUUCUACUUCUCGAUUCUCUUUCCGAACUCGUUCACCUUCAUCAAUUGCUUUUUCCAGAAAUUCAAACCAUAAAGGAGCACUUUCUUUCAGAAUUCAAGCAUCCAAAAAUGAUGCGGGUGAAUCCAAAUCCCCUAACGGCACUCUGUCAAAGAGCAGGAGAGAAAUCUUACUGGAAUAUGUCAAGACCGUGCAGCCCGAAUUUAUGGAAUUGUUUGUAAAAAGAGCACCUCCACCGGUUGUGGAUGCUAUGCGACAGACAGUGACAAAUAUGAUUGGAACACUGCCCCCUCAAUUUUUUUCUAUAACAAUUGCCACGGUAGCCGAGAACCUUGCCCAGCUUAUGUACAGUGUCAUGAUGACUGGAUACAUGUUUAGAAAUGCACAAUACCGUUUGGAACUGCAAGAAAGUUUGGAACAAGUUGCCCUUCCGGAUGUGCAAGAUAAAAAGGAUAUUCCAGACUAUGCACCUGGGACACAAAAGAAUGUUUCAGGUGAAGUCAUUAGGUGGAACAACAUUUCUGGACCUGAGAGAAUGGAUGCUAAAAAGUACAUUGAAAUACUUGAAGCGGAGAUUGAGGAGUUAAAUCGUCAAGUUGGAAGACAGUCUAGCAAUGCACAAAAUGAACUGUUGGAAUACCUGAAAUCUCUUGAGCCUCGGAAUUUGAAGGAUUUAACUAGUAGUGCCGGAGAGGAUGUUGUGCUUGCGAUGAAUACAUUUAUAAAGCGCCUACUGGCUGUUGCAGAUCCUACUCAAAUGAAGACUAGCGUGACCGAGACUAGUGCUUCCGAACUUGGAAAACUGCUUUAUUGGUUGAUGGUGGUUGGGUACAGCAUUCGCAACAUUGAAGUUCGUUAUGACAUGGAAAGAGUACUCGGAACUACUGCAAAGCUGGCUGAAUUGCCGCCAGGUGAGAAUGUUUAAGCAGCCGAUAAAGUUGGUCAUCAAAGUACUGUUGUCCCCAAGUUGGAGCCAAGUGCCCUAAUUAUUAGAUUUUGCACCUUUUUAUUGAUUGGCUGAAGGCUUAGGAAUGACAUAAAUGAGAAGGCUGCAUUUUUAGAGUUCCGGUAAUCAGUGGUCUCCCGAUAGUUAAUGUGAGGGACCAUUCUUUGUUCCGCUUGGUAAAAUGGAACUUUUCUUUCAAGUUAUACUGACAAGAUAUCAAAGUUUAUUCCUGAAGAUGCAUUACCCUUUGAUUUAUAUGUAACUUAUUUGACAGCCUGAAACUAUGGUGAAUCAUUUAAAUACAGAAAAGGUUGUUGGUUCAUUUUA